AUGGCAGCCGGGCCUAUUGCUGAAAGAAAUCAAGAUGCAACGAUAUAUGUCGGCGGUCUUGAUGACAAAGUUACAGAAUCUCUUAUGUGGGAAUUAUUUGUUCAAUCUGGACCCGUAGUAAAUGUUCACAUGCCGAAAGACCGGGUCACUCAAAUGCAUCAAGGUUAUGGUUUUGUUGAAUUCAUGGGAGAAGAGGAUGCCGACUAUGCGAUUAAAAUCAUGAAUAUGAUUAAAUUAUACGGGAAGCCUAUAAGAGUUAACAAAGCAAGUGCACACCAGAAAAAUCUUGAUGUCGGGGCUAAUAUAUUCAUUGGUAAUCUUGAUCCAGAAGUCGAUGAAAAAUUGCUGUAUGAUACUUUCAGUGCUUUUGGAGUCAUUCUUCAGACACCUAAGAUAAUGAGAGAUCCUGAGACUGGAAAUUCGAAAGGAUUUGCAUUCAUAAACUUCGCCUCAUUUGACGCCUCAGACGCCAGCAUAGAAGCAAUGAACGGUCAAUACCUAUGCAACCGUCCAAUAUCAGUGUCAUACGCGUUCAAACGCGAUGCCAAGGGUGAGCGCCACGGAAGUGCAGCGGAGCGAUUGCUAGCAGCCCAAAACCCAUUGAGUCAAGCGGACCGUCCUCAUCAACUCUUCGCAGACGCUCCACCGAUAGCACCGAUGCCGAUGGGUGGCCAACAUCAUCACCCACCACACCAUGUGAUGCACCACGGGAUGGUAGUUCCACCACCGCCUCCACCGGUGACACCAAUGACAGCGAUGGGUCAUCAUCCUCCAGCACCUCCACCAGUCCCCGCUCCGCCAGGUGGAUUUAAUCCAGCUAACAUCCCAGCGCCUCCUUUGCCACCGAUGGGAAUGUCCGCUCAUCCUCCACUCCCACCUGGAAUGCCGCCUCCACUUCCGCCAAUGCCUAUUCCUACGUCUCAAGGCCAAGGGCACAGAAUGAUUGCGCCUCCACCGCCCCCACCGCCGCCGUCCCAUUGGCCACCUCAUCAAGGUCAAUUCGGUCAAGCGCCUGGUAUGCCCUCCAAUGUCGCUGUUAAUCAAUUCGGACAAUUUCAACCUCCGCCACCUAGACCUCCACCUCCUACUUGGCGGCAUCCUCCUCCUCCAGUGUCACAAAAUGCUCCGAUGCCUAAUGUACAACCUCCGCAAUUUCGGCCACCUUUUCCUCCUCGUGGCCCUCCACCACCACCUCCUCCUCAUGAUCAACAAUACUAA